AUGCGAAUGCACAGCCCCCCUCGAUCAUCAUCCACAACGAGAUCUCGGCCGAUAUUUUGGGUAAUUCCCGUAAUAAUCUUUAUUACCGUAUUACUCUUCCAGGACGUCAUUUACCAAACAUGGGCUCUGAUAUCGCUGAAUAUGCACUGGCGUGCCAACGCUGCUGAUUUUAUCCUUUCUGCUGAGCACGACAAUUUUGACGUUACUUUUGCGAAUUACACCCACGAUCAACUUACCGCAGGCGAUGGCUAUGAGGAUAUUGUUCCACCCGUGCUGCACCACAUUGCCCUGGGCACCAAGAGAGAGGAAUGGCGGCCGCAGUGGGAGGAGGCAUUGCAGAGCUGUGUCGAUUUGCAUCCCGGCUGGCAGACACGACUUUGGACAGAUGACGAUGCCGCUCCCUUUAUCGAGGAUAAGUUUCCCGAGCUCAAGGAGAUGUGGGAUAACUAUCCCUUCCCGAUUGAGCGCAUUGACGCCCUGCGAUACAUGAUUUUGUACGAACACGGAGGAGCUAUUCUCGACUUGGACGUGCGAUGCAGACAAGCCUUGGGACCUCUUCGACGAUUUGGCUUUGUCGCGCCAGAGGCUCACCCGACGGGCUUUUCCAUUAGUUUUCUCAUGGCCGGCCGACAUAACCCGUUUAUUGGCACCAUUCUCGACAACCUGCCGGCCUUUAACAAGCGGUGGUUUGGGCUUCCUUAUGCGGCUGUCAUGUUCAGCACCGGCGGUCAUUUUGCCUCCGUACUGCACACGCUGCAGGCAAACCGAAAAGAUUACAAGAUCCUCCCCGGUCCUCUUCACAGCCUCAAUGGCAGAGUGGUCACGCCUCUUUUCGAACACCUGGGUAGUUCUUCGUGGCACUCGUAUGAUGCGCAACUCAUCACCAUGCUCGGCAACGCGCAUCUGAUGCCCAUUUUCUUUGGUGUAGGCAUUGCGCUGGCGUUGUUUGUCAGGAGACGCAUGAUUAUUAGGCGCUUACGGUUAUCAUGA